AUGGCAAAGUCAUGGCAAUGGGUGGCAGGGGCCUCUGCUGCGUUUGCUGCCUGUGUUCUGCUCCUUGGUUGUGACAUUCGAGAUGACGAGCCUGAGGAGCCUGAAACGCCAAAUUGUUUGCUGGAUCCGGGCUCCUUGAAUCGCGACAUCGAUGCGAGCGAAUUCGCGGAUGAAAUGGUCAAGUCUUUCCGCAUCAAGUGCCAAGUCAAGUUCUUCGACAUGUGCUCAAAGUAUCCGAAUCUCAUCACGGGUACGGCGCCCGCAGCCGACGACGCCUCUGCAAUUAGCAUAGCGUUCAUGUCCCAUGGUCUUGGACCGCCCUACGCAGCCGAACAGGGCAAAAUGACCUUUUACUGCCAGUCGGCAGCGGAAGUCGGCCCACGUGGGCGCGGCCUGUUCAGUCCUGAAGGCACGUUGAUUUCCGGCAAACGGCUUGAUGAUGGCGGCUGGCACGAGGUGGAGAUGGUCAAAAGCAAUACGAGUGCCUCUCUCAUCGUUGAUGGAGAGACGGUCACAGCUUCCAUAGUUCCGGAAAUUUCGGCUGCCGACUUCGUCUUAAGGCCCAUUGAGACCAUUCACAUUGGCGGCCAAGUGGAGGGGGCUCCAGGUACAGACUUCAACGGGGACAUCCGCCAUGUCAAGAUCUACGCUGGGGAUCCGGAAAGGCUUGUCUUCUCGAGCGCCUGCAACGGCACGGCGCUGCCAGAGAAUGUCACAUGUUCUGACCAGCCCCUGGAUGCUUGCGAGGGCAUGUACAGCAUCACUGGCGGGGCAGGAUCCCCAUGCACAGCAUCGGCGUCCUGCCGAGCCAUGGAGCACGCUUGCGACGUUGAGUAG